ACACACACACACACACACACACACACACACACACACACACACACACACACACACACACACACAGCGCGGGAUUAUACUCCAAACAAUCAUUUGGUGUGUGAAUUAAAGCAUGUCUGAUGUUUGGAGAUCUCAGCCUUGUUCCAGAUGUGCAGACUGGAUGUCACAGCUUCCUUCAGAACUCCUUGAUGUUCCUCUAUGGGAUCUUACCAUACCUGGUAGUCAUGAUACCAUGACAUACUGUCUGGACAGCAACAGUCCGGUCCUGAGUUCAGAGCCCUGGAUACUCACCGUGCUGGACCACGUCGUACCCUGUGUCAUUCGGCCGUGUAUAAAGAAGUGGGCCACCACUCAGGAGCUGUCAAUUUGCAGCCAGCUGGACUCCGGAAUUCGGUUUCUCGACUUAAGGAUUGCCCACAAGAAAGAAGAUUUGAGCAGGAUGUUUUAUUUUGCUCAUGGAAUAUACUCUCUCCUUACUGUGAAGGAGGCGCUCACUGAAGUCGCUGACUGGUUAGUGUGUCACACUAACGAAGUCCUGAUCAUCGCUCUGUCUCAUUUUGAAGAUGUAACUCCUGCGCAGCACAACAACCUCAUUAACUUUUUGAUACAACUCUUUGGCAAGAAACUCUGCCCCAAAUCAGAAACGCCUUCUCUGAGAACAUGUUGGACUUUCGGUUAUCAGGUGAUUGUCUCCUAUGCUGAUCCGUCUGGGUCUGAGUUUGAGGAACUUUGGCCAGCAUGGGAUUACUGGUGGGCCAACGAGUCGGACCCAAACCUCGUCAUUUCAUAUCUUGAGCAUAAGAAGGACACAGGAAGACCAGAUGGUUUCUUUAUGGCCGGUUUAAACCUCACUGAAGAUACCAGAUACGUCCUCUGUCAUCUCACACAGUCUAUGAAGAGCAUGACGCUCCAAGCCUACACUGUUCUAAUGGACUGGGUCAGAAAGCAGCACCCUGGUUCCCUGAAAACAUCCCUCAAUAUCAUCUGCGCCGACUUUGUCGGGAUUUCGAGAAACGAAUUCUGUGAGAUUGUAAUUGGACUCAAUACAAAACACUGAAAACAGGAGAGAAAACUGAUGCACUUUUCCAUAAAGACCUGCUUUAAUAUUUAUACCUAUCUUUAGCAUUUAUAUUUUCAUAUAUCUUGUACAUGACUGUACAGUUUACGGAAAAAAGGAAUUUCUCAAGACUUUCUCCCUCCCCUUCUCACCCUUCUCUCCUCUUCCCACCUCUUCCUGACACAUAGAUUAUUUAGGGAUUCACAGGUAGCCAGUUGAACCUGCACUGUUCCUGUGCACCGUGUGACGCUGCUGCAUUAGGCUUAGAGCCACACAGUAGACAGAUGGUUGAGGAGAGCCAGGAGGAUCUCAUUACACAGUGUAAUGAAAGCACCCCGGAUACAAGGGGUUAAAUGUCUGUGUGACCCUCCUGUUCCUCUACCUUGCACUUCUUACACCAGUUUGAGGAAAUCUGGGAAGUCUAGAAGUAUUUCUGAAGAAACAUGAAGAAAGAGGAAGACCUUUUCACUGAGGAAGGAUAGUGGGAGAGCAAUAGAAUGAAGAGGAUUAGAACGAGAGAAAAGGAUUUGGAGACGGAGAGGAAAAGCGGUUCAGCUUAGCACUAUGAAUUUGACUCAUUUGACUCAAUUGACUCAUGUGCACACGACCACCAUGGUUCCGAGUCCGGUCAGCACGAGGCAUCGGCUUAAAGACGGUGAAGCGAGGAAGGUUCCUCACUAUCAGCUUGACUAAAAUGUGGAUGUGAAGAAUGAAUCUAAACCUUGUCCAUCAUCUGCCAUCCCAAACUUACACAAUUUGAGUCCUUAUUUGACUCAAUGAAGAAUCAGAACUCUGUUUACUAAGCUCUAUUGGUGUGUUGCUGGUAUGUGAUCAAUAUAGGUGUAGGUAUUUAUAUACUGUACGUGAGAAAAAAGGAGCAUGAACUUGAGCAGGAUUUGACUGAGGUGUGUCUUAUUUGUCAUGGUGAUUUGUGUAGAAGAUGAGCAACCGUCUGGGAAUUGUUCUGUUCACGCAGCUUCCGCAGUGAAGUAGGAGACUUCUGCAUUUUAACAAAGAUAGGAAAUUGUACAGAAAGACUUUUUUGUCAUGGGUUCCCUACAAAUUUAUAUGGAUUUAAACAUAAAUAUGCAAUAAUAAUAAAACAAUAAUAAAAUAAUAAAAUUUGACCAGACUUGACAUACUAUUGACAUAUUACCAGCCUGUUAUACUAAAGAAUAUACUGAAAAGUAUAUCGCUUUUUUUAUCGACUUUUUGAGAAUAAGCAAUUAGUUUAGUUUAGUUUUAUUUUCAGUGAAAUUAAAAUUUCUGAAUUAAUUUUCAGCAAAGUAAUACAUCGAUUUGUCUUGAUCCAAUCCAGUCUGUUAGAUUUUCUCACCAUUUGGUUAACUGACAUUGGCUGUAAGAUUUUUUUUAUCCCUCACGUCAUGUUAAUCAAAAGAGAGCGAUGCAGCGGCGCUUUAUUGCUUUAUCCACUCUAACUCUCUACCUUAAAAGUGCCCUAAUGCUUCACUGCUACAUAUAAAUCGGUCACAAUAAAGGUCCAGAGAUAAGUGGAUUUCAAUCAAGAUUUGAGGAGCCAUCGACAGGUCCAGACUGCAGACGUUUCAAAAGUGUUGAUUCAAAAUGAGGACACAUUUCAUUGAAUUCAUCAUUUUCAUAUCCUGUCUAUUUCUUGCCAUUCAAAAUGAACGUCAAUAAAACAUCUGUGUGUAAAAGUGUGCCUGCGGGUUCAGGCCCAAAUAUUGUGCUGUUUGAACAAAUAAUGUAAAGGAAAAUCUAUUCUGUAUAAAGUUAUGUUGAAUCUUGCUCAAGUCUAUACAUGAUUAUGAACUUGCUGUAUUAAAAACACCAAAUAUCAUAGACUCAUAAAACA